UCUGGGUAAUGUGUCAUUUAAAAAAAUUGAGAAGGAAAACUUCAUAGAAAUGGCGGAGAGUGCAACGUCUCUGAAAGGGUUGCGAGCUCAAAUGGCUGCAACUGCGCAGGCGCAGGCAGAGGAGCGGCGCAGCUUAGCAGGGCACAGCCCAGGACCUGCAUCCCCAGCAACAGUAAACACACCACCCAACACCGCAGCAGCUAAGUCUCCCCGGCCAGUCAUUGAUGGUGCUGCACUAAGGAUAGACGACCGGCUUCGAGUGGCAAAAGAGAGACGAGAGGAGGCCGAUAGGCAGCAAGCUGCGAAGGACUCUCAGAUCCUGGAGCGAGAGCGUAAGGCCAAGCUGCAGGUGGAGCGUCAGAUGGAGGAGCGGCAGAAGAAGCUGGACGAGCAGCGCAGGAAGGAGGAGCAGAGACGGUCAGCUGUGGAGGAAAAAAGGAAGCAGAAACAGGAGGAAGAGAAGGAGCAUUAUGAGGCGGUGAUGCGGCGGACCCUGGAGCGCAGCCAGAGAGUGGAGCAGAGGCAGAAGAGGUGGUCCUGGGGAGGACUCUCAGAAUCAGACAACCGAUCAGAAGACCCUGACGCAGGCGCCUCCUCUCCAGUAGCUAUAGUAAUCUCCCCCGCGUCUCCAGAAAAGCCCCCCAGGACACAACAAGUUGACAAGCGCUCCACUUCCACCAUGAACCUGAAACAGCUGGCUGAGGCUGGCAUCAACAAGCGCCUGUCCUCCUCCUCCGCCACCCUCAUCAACUCUCCCGACAAAAGUGCUCGUGUGAGGAGUUCGUCAUUGAACCGGUUGCCUAGAAACGACAAAAUCGACCUAUACACUCAGCCCAAUAAGGAAGGCAUGAAAAAGCUUCAGGUGGAACAGACAGGACCCUCCCUGAAGAAGAGAAGCUCCUCCCUGACACGAGCUGGGGGGGGCAAAACACAAAACCCCUCCAAGCUUGAUAAGGGGACGACGGACGACCAAGCUCGCAAGCCCCUGGCGAGCCCCGUGGACAGAGGGUUCCUCAGUCGCCUGCUCACCCCCACCCAGGCCUCACUAGCUAGGAGCAAGAGCACCGCUGCCCUGUCGGCCGAAGGAGGCGACGACCCAGAGUGUCACCUGUGUCCUCGCUCAGCCUCGGCCAGCCCCCUGCACCCGGUGCAGCGAGGACCCCUGCGCAGCCGCAGUAUCGACCGGCAGAAGAGCGCCACCCUGCCUACCUCCGCCUCGGCAGACCAAGUGGACCCCUCACUGAAGGAGAAAAGGUUCUCGUCGCCCGGAACGAAACGCCCCGCCUCGCCCUCCAACAUCGCGGGACGCCACCGCUCGCCCUCCCCCGCCUCCCUCCCCGCCAGCAAGAGAACCCCCUCCCCCGCUCCCCUCCCCGCCAGCAAGAGAACCCCCUCCCCCAGUGCAGCAAAGCAAAGCCCCCGUAACCGUCCCCCGUCACCCGGGGGUAUCAAACAUCGCCCCUCAUCCCCUCAGUUUAGCUCAGCCAAGCCCCAGCCCACCUCGGCCAAACCUCCACCCAUCCAGAGACCGGCCCUUGCCCCCACCGGCCCCCCCACCCUGCGUAAGAGGGACUCCAAGCCAAAGGACCUGUAUCCCGUCCAGCCUGUGGCGCCCCAGUCCCCAGAGGCCCCCCAGACCAGCACAACACCCACCCCUACUCAUACCACCUCCAGUAAGACCAAAGAUAAAGACAAGGACGACAAGUCCAUGGCAGGCACCAACUCAGCUGCAGAGGCCGCCAUGAUCCUGGCCGAGAACCGUCGUCUGGCGAGGGAGAAGAAGGAGAGAGAGGAGGCACUCCGAGUACUACGGGAGGAGGAGGAGAAGCUGAGGAAGGAGGAGGAGAAACGCUUGGCCGAGGAGGCUCGAUUGAAACGCCUGGAGGAGGAGAAGAGGCUGGCGGAGGAGAGGAAGAAGAAAGAGGAAGAGGACGCUCUUAUGGCGGAGGAAGACAGAGAAAGACUGGAGGUAGAGGAGGCCGUGAGACAGGCUGAGCUACAGAAAGAGCGUGAAGAGGCGGAGGCACAGGCUGCAAUUGAGGCAGAGAAGGUCCGCAUUGAGAGAGAGAGGGUCAUGGCCCAGAACCAACAGGAACGCAUGGAGAGGAAGAAGCGAAUUGAGGAGAUCAUGAAGAGAACCAGAAAAGGGGACCAAGAAAAAAGAGAUUAUGAUGAGAAAGACAUGCAGGAUGAGGAGGGAGACGAGGAGGGUGACGAAGAAGAAACCAAGGACGACGAGUCAGCCCGGACCGGAGAUGUCGCCAUGGAGAUGGACGGCAUGGACGAGGAGGGGCGUGGCCUGACCCGCAGCGAGCCAAUGGGAGAGCGUAGGGAGCCGCUGGGCAGCGUGAACUGGAAGCCAGAGGCGGACGACAAGGAGAACAACAACGGAACCAGCGCUGAGGAGCCCCUGGCUGUUAGUCCAGUGCCUAAGGGUCGUCUGGUAGAAGGCUCAGAGUUCCUGAAUGAGGACUCUAACAAGCUGGCCCCGGGGCUCAACGGUAAGCCUGGCCCCUGGAGCUUCGAGGAGCUCAUUGACCUGGGCGUCAACUCCAAGGGCCGGCCCCUCAUCGAUGCAGAGGGCCGCAACCAGGGCCUCAUCGACUGUGACGGGGGACCCGAGGGGCCCAGGGUGGCCUUCGAGGACAAGGGCACCCCCGUGGCCACCCUCCACCCCUCCUGCCAGCCUAUCGAAGCCCUGUCAGAGAUGUGAGGCUGCAGCUUUCCCUCAGAGGCCUGUUCAAAUUGCACUCCUGGAGUUCCUGUCCAGCUGAGCUCCAGACCAGACGCCCCCCCUCCACACACACACACACACACACAACUACCCACAUACACACACCCCGCCCAGCUUCUUGUCUGGACCACCUCAGCCAGAGGAAGAGCACGGGGACACACACACACACCCUGAACGCUAGCUUUGCACCCCCCACAGGAAAAUAAAAAAGUUUUAAAAUACAAAAAAAAAAAACGAUGCUUCAGGGAAAAUCUCAAUUUUCCUUCAAUGUGCUCGCUUCAAGGUCUCAUCUUUAUCCUCCUGUACUUAUACCAUUUGACUUGGUGCUUUUUUAUUUCGUUUUGCUCACACUUUGUUUUGUAGGUGUUGGGGCAGGGGGUGCGACGUUGUUGUAAUUUAUACAUUUGGGCUUCUUCGUAAUAUGUAAUUACUGUUAUCUCGUGUCUAGUUUUUUUUGGUUACUCUGGUUUGAGAAUAUUUCAGGAUGCAUGUACACUCGUAUGUACUCUCGUAUACACUCGUAUGUAUACUACUUCUCAUGUCAUGAGUGAGUCAGGAAACUUGAGUUAUGUGUGAUCAAACACAUUUUGAUUGGUGGGGAGUGGGCUGAGGGCCCUGGGUACUGUAGUCUAUCAGGGUCUGCCUACAGGGCCAUCUCCAGUGGAUACAGGCUGAGGGAGCAGUUACACAAACCUAGGUUAUGAUCUGCUGCGUGCCCAAGCCGUGAGCAGCACUAUGUAACUGUAAUCCCAUCCUACCCAAAUUGUAAUCUGACCUAGAAUUCUGGAUUUGUCUGGCUAGCUGCUUUUCCCAGCAUCCGUAGACCCAGCCUUAAAACUCUCUAGACCCUAUUCUCCCAUGGUUUACUCCUCUCGCCGUGCCCCAAAGGGCUGGUCAGAGCCUCCCUCUCCCACCUCCCUCACUUUGACCCUUCUCCUUAGGGCCACUAGGGGGCACUUAUGUCUACAAAUCAAACUGAUGGUUUUACGAAAUGACUGUUGACUACUGCUUUGUCUUUACAAACUGAUGGAUGUAGGAAUUCAAAAAUAUAUUUGUUCAGUGAAUUUUAACUGUUGCUGUUAACUUUCAGUUCCUGGUCUUUAGGUUUAUCCUAAUAUUUUGACGUGUCGUUAUGGUUUUACAUGUAUAUAGACUUAAUUGUUAGCUAACUCAUAUCAAAUUAUAAUUUAAUUGCAUCCUGAGUGCUGAUGUAUAACUUGAACCCCAGCAAUGACUGCAUGAAUCUAUACUCUUACCAUAUGAAUAACUAUAGCCCAUAACGGAUUAAAGUGUGUGUAUGUUGGUUAAUUGCAGUCAGUUAAGGUCCAUCAGUUUCAGUUUAGAAUUGCUUCAGAGUUUUCUCUGAAUGGUGUGUAUGUGUGUACAGUACUAGUCCAGAAACUGAACUUGAAUGGUUUGAAGUUCUCUCUUACAACGCCCAAAGUAUAGGGCUGAAACAACAGUUCUGUCAGGCAUCUCAGAGCAGUUUUGACCCGGCAGUAGAUGUAUGCGGUCUCCUCUCUCUCUGUGUAGCUUGUUCCAUACUAAUUCCAUUGCUUCUCUACUAAGGCCCUAUGAUCUCCAAAACACACUAGCUAAUGCUUUUAUACAUUCUCCCUCCUCGCAAAAAAAACUAUAUAAUUUGGCUGUCUGUUUAUAUAUAUAUAUAUAUAUAUGAAAAUAUAUUUCUACAUAUUUAAGUGUUAUUGUACCGUGUAUAUAAUCAGUAUUAUGUCGAUGUGGGUGGGGUGGUGUAGUGGGAAUGGAUGUUAAUAAUAGUCUCGUUAUCUGUUACUGUAUUUUAGUUUGGGUUCUGUUUGACUCGUGCUCUUUGGCAGGGUAGUCAGUGCUGUUGCCCUACGCUCUGUUCCAAGUCAUGCCCUAGUCCCUACCCUCUAGGCACUAGAUUGGAUCGGUGUAAGCAAUCUGGCAACAAUUCCACAAGGUGACGCUAUUAUAUUGCUUAUACAUAUCAAGUACUUACAGAUCACCUCAAGUGCAAAGGGAUAGGGGCUAAGGGUUGGUGUGGAAUUGAGCAAUUGAGUCAGGUUUGUUUGGGCGUGUUACCCUGGGCGCUAUAGGUAACUCUCUUCUCCAGUACUCUACAAGCCCUAGGGGACAACACAUGGGAUCCUCAUACUGUUGAGGGAACAUGGGUGUGUCUGUGUAUGUUGAUUGAGGGCAUUUUGUGAGGCUCUGAAAAGUUCUGCUUUUCAUCCCCCAACCACCUCCGACAAUUGUCUUGGUUCCCAACUGAGGGGUGGACUGAGGAGUGGGAGAAGCAGAAAUGUUUCAGUGCUUUUUAACAUGGUGUGAAAGGUUGCAAUGGUUGUGUUUUGAAGGUUGCAAUAGAAAAGUUAACAUGGACUCUGACCACUGCGCCACACACCUCUCUUUGUAGCAGCAGUGUGACUGAGUCUACCACUGAAUGAUGGAGAUGGGAACAAUGUGAUUUGGUCAGUCUUGUUCUUGUCCGUGCUAGUCUCGUUCUGUCUCGUUUAUGUUAAUUUUUUUUAAGCUGUGUCGAGAAGCUUGAAUUCCCUAUGCUUGAAUUGUCCAAACAGAGAGGUUUGGGGACCUUAUUUUUUGCCUCAUAAUAAGCCUGUUGGCUGAUUGUCGUGCUAAUAAACCAGAAGGUUUCUCUGAAAUGGCUUUAUAUUAUACAUACCUAAUGUCUAGACUUGGAGGCCCAUGAGCUUAGCUUUGACUUCUAGGCAUAAAGAAUGUAACUUUGACUAAACAAACAAGCCCUUAAUCAUUUAACAUGCAUCUCUCUGUCAGAGGAGAAACCUUUUUUAGUUUUCAUGUGCAAACCUUUUUAUUAUUCAUCACAACAUGCACUGUGGGAGGUUUUCCACUUUUUUAAGGGUUGAAAAGCUUUCUGAAAUGAAUUACGUUUGUAGAUUGGGGUGACUUAUCACCAAGAAGUAGCUUUACUGUAUAGUCCUGUUAGAGAGAGGUGUGGUAUUCUUGAAGGAAAUAAGUUGUUUUUCUACCCUCUCCUGUCUCUUCCCAUCCAGGCCUUUUAUGAACUUCCCUCCUUGACUUGACAAACCUUCAUCCAUUCAAAGUGCAGGGUAUUGCUGUAGACUUGUUCAAAAUGAAACACAAGGUGGUUCCUUGGUCAGCGCUACAUGUGCUUAGGUAAUGGCAGUGGCACAUCCAGUCACAGAUAGACAGAGCCAAUACAUGGCUGUCCUGCUCUUAUACUAGACUAAUGUCAAAGUCCUGUUAUGUUUUUUUUUUUUAUCCCUUUCUGCAUCUCAGUGGGCUUGAAUACAGAGCUAACUGUUCUUAAUGAUCUCAUGACAGUCAGUUGUGAUGCCGGUAGGAUAGAACGGUGCCUUAGAUUGCUAUAAUAAUUAAAAACUAUAAAACGCAUCACAUGUCCUUACCUUGGCCAUGACAAUCAUUCUACCCGACCAGGGCUACAGUGUGAAUAUGAAUUGGUUUCUGGAGGCUUUUCAGACCCUAACCCAAGCCCUGUCCACAAAUUAUAUUUGUAAAUAUAUCUAAAGUGUACUGAGAAGAUAUGAACUGUUAAAAAAUAAAGUUUUGCUAAAUAAAAA